CUCAGUGAGAUUCAACAGCACUCUCUUACAGCAUCACAGUCUCCCUUCACAUCCUUCCAAUUGCACAGCUGGCAAAUUUCCAUGGCCAACCUGUGCUGCCUUACGAAAUCGGGCUAGAGCAUCCUCAGAUUAGCUCCCUUUCUGCGUUCCCUGUUUGGGGUGUUGCCCAGACCCAUCCCAAAAUGCCUGCAAUGAGCAAGCGCUCAUGAUGUUAGUAGGUAGGUUCUCCCAGCUGCUGCUCCUUCCCUGUUCCUUCUCUUUCCUGCUUCUGGACUCCUACUGGCUCUCCAACACCACAGUUGUCAUCCGGAGUUCUGAGAUCUCAGUCUGUGCUUGUUUUUAUCAUUAAUCAGUGGAUUAGUCACUGUGGUAGUAAAUGGAAGCAACCACUCACUUCUCCAUCUAGCUGUGCCUCUAGGCCAAAUUUUACAGUGAACACUUUUAAAAUAUAGGAUCAGGCCUGAAUGGAUCAGGCAGUCCAUUGAGAGUGUGAAACCUUCUAAAGCCCACCAUUUGCUUCUGCAGCACCAUUCUGCCAUGCCUGAGGGGAACCAUUCCCCUUCCUCAGUAAACUGGUUAGAGUGUUCAUUUUUAGAAUUAACUGCAGAUUGAACUUCUCUUUUAUUAUAUUCUUUAGCCACAUCUUCCAGGUCAAAAGCCAGGUAUGAUCACAGCUGGAGCCUUGGCAAUGAAUGCUGCUUCCACACUUGGAUUCUCCCAGCCCCCGAGUUUCUGCUUCUCAGGCUUCCCAGGCUGUUGCACCAGACCUUCCUGGGUCACUCUGGGCCCAUUUGCCCAGGGUUGCAGGGCUCAGUGGACAGCCUUACAUUGGCUGUAUGUGUAUCACUUGGGGAUGAGCUAUCAUACUCCCUGCUGUGAGCCUCUCCUGGUCCCUGCCUCCUUCAUAUUCCUUCCCACCUGCCAAUCUUCUCUGCGGAUGGGUGUGAGAAAAUGGAUACUGGGCAAUCAGAAGUGUCAGAAAAAUUCUCAACAUUUGCCUAAACCCCAGUCUCCUGCCUCCAAUAUGACACAUUGAAAGAACUCCUCCACAUUUCUCAUAUGUUUUAUUUCCUUUCCAGUAGAAUAUUUCGCAUCACUAAUAAUGAAUCCCGCCAACCAGGCCUCACAUAUUUAUGAAAGUAAUUUCUUCCAAAAUCAUUGCUUUGUCCUGCGCUCUCCACCCCAGUAUUCCUGGACUGUUCUGUGCUGGACGUCCCUUGAAGGAGGUGUGACUGCAUUGUUCAAUCAUUACCAGAGUCCUGGAUUUCUCAGCCUUGGCAUUCUGGACAUUUUUGCUGGAUAAUACUUGGUUUUAAGCGAUGGGGAGAGGGGAGAAGGGCUUAUCUUGUGCAUUGUGGGAUGUUUAGCAGCAUUCCUGACCUCUACCCACUAGAUGCUUCUAGAAUCCCCAUCUCCCAGUUGGGAGAAACAAAAAAUGUCUCCAGACACUGCCAAAUGUCCUCUGGAUGACAAAAUUGCCCAAGCUGAGAACCUCUGCCAGAGGCAUAUAUGUGUCCUCAGCUUGGCCAGAAUGUGAAUGAUCAACUCUAUGUCUUGGUGCCCUGGUACCAUCUCUUAAAGGCCUAGUGUGACAUUCUGUAUAUAGAAAUUCUCAGAGACCAUCUUGUGCCCUUUAUUCAACAUUCUAAGAUCCAGUUCUUAAAAACCCAAACAAACCCACUGCUGUCGAGUUGAUUUUGACUCAUAACAAGUCUAUAGGACAGAUGCAGGCAUUAGGAUCUGCCUUAAUAAGCUGACCCACUGUACACUUUACUUCGCCUAUCAUGAUCUUUUGUCCUCUUUUUCUCUAUCUGUCUUGCCCUGUCUCUGCCUCUCUCUCUCAUUGUAGGUAUCCCUCCUCCUGUCAGGCAUCUGACCAGUAGAGGUCACUACUAUUAAGGUGUAACAUGCCUUAAUAAUUCACAGGAAUGCUUGACAAAAUUGUGGAUCCCAAUGGCUAAACUUCAAUGGCUCUUUUUUCCUGACAUCUGUGGGUAUUUGUUCUCUGGAUCUGUUAUUUUUCUUUUGUUUUUAAAUAAGCAUCUCAGGAGGUUGUAGACCUGUGGGUGACAGCUCCUACUUUGGAAACAAGGAGAUCCAGCCGUCUGCAUUCAGAGUGAACAGGGUUCUGUAGCUGUUCUUUACUUGGACAGCUUUUUCCAUUUUUCCUUUAGAUUGAAUAAAAACCAGGGGCUGCUUAUGUAGUGGAUCUCUAUGCAUGUAUUGGCUUAUGUACCUCUUGGUUGGUAACUCUAAGGACAGCUCAUGUUCACUAGUUUGUCUGACCUUAUCAGAAUACUGCCCCCACUCUCUAAAUGGAGUUAUCCUUUAAUGGCCCACUAUGGGCUUAGGAAGGAGCCCUGCUGGUGCACCGGUUAAGUUCUCACCUGCUAACCAAGAAGUCAGCGGUUUGAACCCACCAGCUGCUCUGAGGAAAAAAGAUGUGGCACUCUGUUUCUGUAAAGAUUUACAGCCUUGCAGUUCUAUUCUAUCCUACAGAGUUGCUAUGAGUUGGAAUCAACUCAAUCGUACUGGGUUUUGUAUGCUUAGGGCUGGAGAAUACGCACAGCUAUCCCCAACAGUGUUCAAACAGUUUCCGCAUUUAAUGCCUUCAUUCAUCCAUUUACUCCCUAAAGAGUCAAUUAUCACACUGUUAUGGGAUCUGUGAUGGAGCAGUCAACAAAACACACAUCCUGCCACCAAGCUCAUUUAUACUGCAGAAGAUUGAUGGAGGUUCAAGCCCACCUAGAGGUACCUCAAAAGAAAGGCCUGGGAGUCUACUUGCAAAAAAUCAGCCAUUGAAAACCCUGUGAAAAAAAGUUCUACUCUGAUGCACAUGGGGUCACCAUGAGUUGGAGUCCACUCCACUGCAACUGGUUUUCCCUUUUUUAGAGACACAGUAUAUCUUUUAGGAAGAAAAUGACACAGACGCAUCGUUGUUGUUGUUGUUGUUGUUAGGUGCCGUUGAGUCGGUUCUGACUCAUAGCAACCCUAUGCACAACAGAACAAAACACUGCCGGGUCCUGCACCAUCCUUACAAUCGUUGUUAUGCUUGAGCUCAUUGUUGCAGCCACUGUGUCUAUUCACCUCGUUGACGGUCUUCCUCUUUUCUGCUGACCCUGUACUAUGCCAAGCAUGAUGUCCUUCUCCAGAGUCUGAUCUCUCCAGACAACACGACCAAAGUAUAUGCUUUAUUCACCAUGGGUGAUAUUUUCUCUUCUACUUCUUAUAAUGAAGAACACCAAAAUUUGGCCUCCAGUAUGAAUGCAUAUUUUAUGAAUUUCAAGGUGGAAAACAAAAUCCUCUCUGCGGAAACCAUCAAUUUGAUCAAGUCCAACUUGGAAAAAGGUUACAUUGAUAGUGUGGGUGCUGUAAUUGAUGAUGUACUAAAAGAAAUUGAUAGUGCCCCACUGAAUAUUGCUGUGACAGGGGAGUCUGGUGUAGGAAAGUCCAGCCUCAUCAAUGCCCUGAGAGGAGUUGGGUAUGAAGAAGAAGAUGCGGCCCCCACCGGUGUGGUAGAGACGACCAUGAAGGCAACUCCAUACAAACACCCACGUUUUCCCAACGUGACACUUUGGGACUUGCCUGGCAUUGGGACCAUUAAUUUCCGACCACAGGAUUAUCUGCGGAAAGUAAAAUUUGGUGAAUACGACUUCUUUAUCAUCAUUUCUGCUACACGCUUCAGGCAAAAUGAUGCACAAUUUGCCGAGGUCAUUAAAUGUAUGAAGAAAAAUUUCUACUUCGUUAGAACCAAGGUGGACAUCGAUUUACAGAAUGAACAGAAAAGUAAACCAAAGAACUUUGAAAGAGAAGAAAUCCUGCAGAAGAUCCGAAACAAUUGUUUGGCCUCUUUUAGGCAGAUUAAGAUGGACAAACCACAAAUCUUCUUGGUCUCCACCCAUGAUGUAUCUAAGUAUGAUUUCCCAAUCCUGAUAGACACCCUAUUAAAAGAUCUCCCUACUCAAAAACGACAUAUAUUUAUGCUCUCCCUGCCCAAUGUUACUGAGGAAGCCAUUGAAAGAAAGAGGGAUUCUCUGAGGCAGAAGAUCUGGCUGAAAGCCUUGAAGGCUGGAGCGUUGGCCACCUUGCCUAUGGUGGGCAUCUUCACUGAUAAUGACAUAAAGAAGCUGGAGGCAAGUUUAAAGGAAUAUCGAGUUCUCUUUGGGGUAGAUGACAUUACUCUUCAAAAUUUGGCUGAGAAUUUGCAAGUGCCUGUGGAGGAACUCCAGGCAAUCAUUGAAUCUCCAAAGUUGCUGGAAAAAAAGAAAGAUGAAUCAAUAGGGGAAAGGCUUUUGAAAUAUGUGGAGAGGUUCUGCUCAGCUAAUGGAGGUCUCCUUGCUACAGGUCUCUACUUUAGAAAAAACUUCUAUUUGCAACUUCAUUUCCUUGACACGGUGACCAAUGAUGCUAAAACUCUGCUUAAAAAGACAGUUUCAGAAAAGCUGACUUCUCACUAGAAUAAAUCUAUCUGAAAGUUGAAUUCCCAAUUCAUGAAGGAAAAAAACCACACUGUAGAUCCCUAAACAAUAUACUGAGUGUAUUGAUGAUCCAAGCCUCCAAUUCAUCCUUAAUGAUUGCUUGCUCCUGUUGGCUGGGCCAUGGGCAGACCACAGGCAAACACCAUUCAUCCACUUUCAAUAAGCUACCACAUCUGAUUAUUUUCUUUUUAUAAAAUGUCUGAUCAACUGCUAAGAAUCCUACUGAGUCAGAUUCUUUCCUGGGAUAACAAACAAUAAAUCUGCAAUUCUGUGCUGGGAGGUGAAGCUUAGUUCCCAUCUGCUUCCUCAAGUGCUGAACCUACUGACUAGCUUCUAACCCACAGAAUGUGGAAAGGAAAAAUUUUAACUUUAUUCACCAGUGACCAAGGUUAAAAAUAAGUAGUAAUAGGCUGUACUGAUAUCAUUUCCCCCGAUACAAUGUGAUGGAAAGUGCACACCACUUCUGUGGUAUCCUUCCUCAAAAUUCGUAACUUCUUCUGAUAAUGAGAAAACAAACCAAGAAUUCUAUAAAAUACAUGACCAGUACUCUCUGAAAUUGUCAAAUUCAUACAGAGAGAAAGAAAAAAAAAAGACACAGAAAUUGGUAUAAACCCAAUGAGAUGAAGGAGACAUGAUAACUAAAUUGCAAUUUGGAUUCCAGGAUGGCACAGAUAAAAAACAGUGGAAAAGCAGAUGAAAUCCACAGUCAUCUUUCCAAUUCCUCCAGCGUGUGGAUCAGCAGAGGCAUAGAGAGAGUUGGGAAAAGAGGGGGGCACUUGCCCCCCCGGUACAAGUCUAAGGGGGUGUCAGGCGAGUUGCAGAAUGACAUUCUCAUGCACCACAAAUAUGAAAGACACCUGACUAAGACAGCCGGACAAGAAGAGGAAAGGUGUUUCUGCCGACAUGUGGCCACUACCAACGUCUAUGCAUCUUGAAAUUGGGGUGUGGGGAGCAACUCAGAGACCGUCCCAGGCACUUGUUAUCCUCCCUAUGCCCCUGUGGAUCAGCUGUUAUUCUCCAAUAAAACUCAUAGAGAAUAGUUGUACAAUGUUUUGUCUUUGGAGAAAGAUCUGUUGCCUGGGAUCUAGUUCUUGUCACGUACUAUUUGGGGCUUCUCAGCCCCAAAUGCUCCAUUAUAACACCAUUUUUUUAUACAUACUUCCUUUGGGUUCUCAUUGAGUCUUGAACAGUCCUGGAUUUUUAUUUUUAUUUUCCUACACUGAAUUUCCCUCUCCUGCUUCACGCACUAUGUACACCCACUUCUCACUUAUCGACAAGGUUAGGUUCCAAAGACCAGGGAGUUAUGUGAAAAUGGAGAAUGGCCACAUCAAAUUACAAAAUGGAGGAUGACUACAUCAUUACAUAACUGCCAAACCACUAAGAAUCAUGGCCCAACCAAGACAGCCAGCAUUACUCUUGCCUCACACCUCAGUGUUUGUGACUGCCAGACAUAUGUCAUUAAUGCAUAAUGUAGCUGGAUAGUAGAUUUUUUACUAUUGUCAUAAAUGGGAAAUGUCAAAUAACGAGAUAGUCGAUAAGUAAAGAGUAGGUGUAUAACGGAGGCCUGGUGGCGCACUGGUUAAGAGCUGAGCUGCUAACCAAAAGAUUGGCAGUUCAAAUCCACCAGCUGCUCUUUGAAAACCCUACAGGGCAGCUCUACGCUCUCCUAUAGGGUCACUAUGAGUUGGAAUCAACUUGACAGCAACAAGAUUUGGCUUUUCGUUUAGGUGUAUAAUAUUACCAUGUGUGCAACCAAAGGAAAGUAAAUCUUCAACUUUCUACCAUUCAUGGAGCAAAAACUCUUAAUAAAGCCAACAGGGAUCUAUAGAAUUUUUCCCUACAAAUUUCAAAAGUUUGAAUCAUGCAGACUCUGGGUAGGAAAUCACAAUGAAAAUGAGGACUCUAUGAUGGUUCAUUACUGGGAAAUGAUAACAGAACAGGCAGAAUCCAUAGGAAAUCAUGUUGAUUUUUUUCUUUCCUUUUUUUUAGCUUUUCUAUCCCUUUUUGUUAUUCUGCUGUAAUUAGAUAUCCUGUACCAGUUGCCAUUCAGUAGACUCUGACUCGACAACCCUAUAUGUACAAAAGCAACUCUAUACCCUUUUUGUAAUCUUGGGUUAGAGCAUUAUAAACCAGUUACCAUCAAGGUGACUCCAACUCAUGACAACUCCAUGUGUGUCAGAGUAGAGCUGUGCUCCGCAGGGUUUUCAAUGGCUGAUUUUUCAGAAGUAGAUCACCAGGCCUUUCUUCCAAGGCACCUCUGGUGGACUUGAACCUUCAACCUGAGCACAUUAACUGCUUGCACCACCCAGGGACUCCCAGAGGAUUAUAUACCAUACAUAUAUAUUUUCUUUUUUUUUGCCCUUGAGUCGAUUCCGACUCGUGGUGAUUUCAUGUGUUUCGGAGUAGAACUGCCCUCCAUGAGUAUUUUCAUGGCUAUGACCUUUUGGAAGCAGAUUGCCAGGCCUUUCUUCUGAGGCUUGUCUGCGUAGGUUCAAACCACCAACCUUUUGUUUAGUAGCCUAGAGUGUAGCAAUUUCGUCUGCCCAGGGACUUCUUAGAGCAUUAUACCAAUACCUAAAUCAUAAGUAUAUAAUGAUACAGUGAGGAAAUUGUAUAUAGCUAAGUGUCUUGUGAGCAUUAUUAUUCUGAAAUUAAAUAAAGAAAUGUUCAGGUUUGUCAUGCAUAAAUUGUUUCAUUUAUUGCAAGGUAGUCAUGGCAAGACAUUCAA